AUGGCUCAAGCAGCCAAACAGCUGAAGAAAAUUAAAGACAUCGAGGCUCAGGCCCUUCAGGAGCAGAAGGAAAAGGAGGAAUCCAACAGGAAACGGAGGAACCGCUCUCGUGACCGAAAGAAAAAGGCCGAUGCUGCUACCAGUUUUCUGAGGGCAGCAAGAUCGGGGAACUUGGACAAAGCUUUGGAUCACCUGCGGAAUGGGGUAGAUAUUAACACCUGUAACCAGAAUGGGUUGAAUGGUUUACAUCUGGCUUCUAAAGAAGGCCAUGUGAAAAUGGUGGUUGAGCUUCUGCACAAGGAAAUUGUUUUAGAAACCACAACAAAGAAGGGGAACACAGCCUUGCACAUUGCUGCCCUAGCAGGUCAAGAUGAAGUGGUCCGGGAACUUGUUAACUAUGGAGCUAAUGUCAACGCACAGUCUCAGAAAGGCUUUACGCCCCUCUACAUGGCAGCACAAGAAAAUCACUUGGAAGUUGUUAAGUUUCUGCUGGAAAAUGGAGCAAAUCAGAAUGUUGCUACAGAAGAUGGCUUCACACCAUUGGCUGUGGCGCUGCAGCAGGGUCAUGAGAAUGUGGUGGCUCACCUGAUCAACUAUGGGACGAAGGGAAAGGUGCGUCUGCCAGCCCUUCACAUCGCAGCCCGGAACGACGACACAAGAACAGCCGCUGUCCUGCUCCAAAAUGACCCAAAUGCAGAUGUGCUGUCCAAGACAGGAUUCACCCCGCUCCACAUAGCAGCCCACUAUGAGAACCUCAAUGUGGCCCAAUUACUACUAAACCGGGGCGCCAAUGUCAACUUUACUCCCCAGAAUGGCAUCACUCCCCUGCACAUUGCUUCUCGUAGAGGGAAUGUGAUCAUGGUACGACUCCUGCUGGAUCGCGGGGCUGAGAUAGAAACGAGGACCAAGGAUGAAUUGACUCCUCUCCACUGUGCAGCUAGAAAUGGGCAUGUGCGAAUCUCAGAGCUCCUGCUGGACCAUGGGGCACCCAUCCAGGCCAAGACCAAGAAUGGCUUGUCCCCUAUCCACAUGGCGGCUCAGGGUGACCAUCUAGAUUGCGUGCGGCUCCUGCUACAGUACAAUGCAGAAAUAGACGAUAUCACCCUGGACCACCUGACGCCUCUCCAUGUCGCGGCCCACUGUGGUCACCAUCGAGUGGCCAAGGUGCUUUUGGAUAAAGGGGCCAAACCCAACUCCAGAGCGCUGAACGGCUUCACGCCCUUACACAUCGCCUGUAAAAAGAAUCACAUCCGCGUGAUGGAGUUGCUGCUGAAGACGGGAGCUUCCAUAGACGCAGUCACUGAGUCUGGACUGACCCCACUCCACGUAGCGUCCUUCAUGGGGCACCUUCCCAUCGUGAAGAAUCUUCUUCAGCGGGGAGCAUCACCUAAUGUCUCCAAUGUGAAAGUGGAGACACCACUGCAUAUGGCAGCCAGAGCUGGGCACACAGAAGUAGCCAAAUAUUUACUCCAGAACAAAGCCAAAGUUAAUGCCAAGGCCAAGGAUGACCAGACCCCACUUCACUGUGCAGCUCGCAUCGGUCAUACAAACAUGGUGAAGCUUCUCCUGGAAAACAAAGCCAACCCUAACCUCUCCACGACUGCUGGACACACCCCUCUGCACAUCACAGCACGAGAGGGUCAUAUGGAAACAGCCCAGGCCCUACUAGAGAAGGAAGCCUCCCAGGCGUGCAUGACCAAGAAAGGAUUUACCCCUCUCCAUGUUGCUGCUAAAUAUGGAAAGGUAAACGUGGCUGAGCUACUACUGGAGAAGGAUGCCCAUCCAAACGCAGCUGGAAAAAAUGGCCUCACCCCUCUCCAUGUGGCUGUCCAUCACAAUAACCUGGAGAUUGUGAAACUUCUCCUCCCUCGAGGCGGCUCUCCACACAGCCCUGCUUGGAAUGGCUACACCCCUCUACACAUCGCUGCCAAACAGAACCAGAUGGAGCUUGCCAGCAACCUGCUACAAUAUGGGGGGUCCGCAAAUGCCGAGUCAGUACAAGGUGUGACACCCCUUCACCUUGCAGCCCAAGAGGGUCAUGCAGAAAUGGUAGCUCUGCUACUCUCAAAACAAGCUAAUGGCAACCUUGGAAACAAGAGUGGCCUCACUCCUCUCCAUCUGGUGGCUCAAGAGGGUCAUGUGGCAGUAGCAGAUGUGCUCAUCAAACAGGGGGUCACAGUGGAUGCCACCACCCGGAUGGGCUAUACCCCAUUACAUGUGGCCAGCCAUUAUGGAAAUAUCAAGCUGGUGAAGUUCCUGCUACAACACCAGGCAGAUGUUAAUGCAAAGACCAAGCUAGGAUACACUCCUUUGCACCAGGGGGCUCAGCAAGGACAUACGGAUAUCGUGACCCUGCUGCUGAAGAAUGGUGCUUCCCCCAAUGAAGUCAGCUCGCAUGGAACCACUCCUUUGGCCAUUGCCAAACGCCUUGGCUACAUUUCUGUAACCGAUGUACUGAAAAUGGUGACUGAUGAAACCGGUGUUGUGUUAGUCAGCGACAAGCACCGAAUGAGCUUCCCAGAGACAGUGGAUGAGAUUCUGGAUGUCUCUGAAGAUGAAGGAACUGCUCAUGUAACUAUAAUGGGGGAGGAACUUGUGGGCUCCAGACCUGAGAAGCAAGAUUCCAGGGACACAGAUGAAGAGAAAGAGCUCCUGGACUUUGUGCCCAAGCUAGAUCAAGUGGUAGAAUCUCCAGCCAUUCCCAGAAUUCCGUGUGUCACACCUGAGACUGUGGUGAUCAGAGCAGAGGAGCCAGAACAGGCAUCUAAAGAAUUUGAUGAGGAUUCAUUGAUUCCCAGCAGCCCAGCAACAGAGACAUCAGAUAAUAUUAGUCCUGUGGCCAGCCCAGUACAUACGGGCUUCCUGGUGAGCUUCAUGGUUGAUGCCCGUGGAGACUCCAUGAGGGGAAGUCGGCACAAUGGCCUGAGGGUCAUCAUCCCACCCCGGGCAUGCGCAGCGCCCACGCGCAUUACUUGCCGCCUGGUCAAACCUCAGAAGCUAACCACACCACCACCCCUGGCUGAGGAAGAAGGCCUAGCCAGUAGGAUCAUUGCACUGGGGCCAACAGGGGCCCAGUUCCUGAGCCCCGUGAUUGUGGAAAUCCCCCACUUUGCCUCCCACGGUCGAGGAGACCGAGAGCUGGUGGUGCUUCGGAGUGAGAAUGGCUCCAUGUGGAAAGAGCAUCGGGACCGCUAUGGAGAGAGCUAUCUUGACCAAGCCCUCAAUGGGAUGGAUGAAGAACUGGAGAGCUUGGAGGAGCUGGAAAAGAAGCGGGUUUGCCGGAUUAUCACCACAGACUUCCCCUUGUAUUUUGUGGUCAUGUCUCGCCUGUGCCAAGACUUUGACAUGAUUGGCCCUGAAGGGGGGUCUCUAAAGAGCAAGCUGGUCCCUAUGGUGCAAGCAACCUUUCCUGAAACUGCUGUUACCAAGAAAGUCAAACUGGCUCUGCAGGCUCAACCUGUGCCAGAUGAACUAGUCACCAAGCUUUUGGGCAACCAGGCAACAUUCAGCCCAAUUGUGACUGUGGAACCCCGGCGGAGGAAGUUCCACCGGCCCAUAGGGCUGCGGAUCCCUCUACCCCCCUCUUGGAAAGACAAUCCCCGGGACAGCGGGGAAGGGGACACCACAAGUCUCCGCCUCCUCUGCAGUGUCAUUGGAGGAAUAGCAGAAGCCCAGUGGGAAGAUAUUACAGGAACUACCAAGUUGGUCUACGCCAAUGAGUGUGCCAACUUCACCACCAAUGUAUCUGCAAGGUUUUGGUUGUCUGAUUGCCCACGGACAGCUGAGGCUGUGGACUUUGCCACGCUUCUGUACAAGGAGCUGAUCGCCGUGCCGUACAUGGCCAAGUUUGUGGUGUUUGCCAAGAUGAACGAUGCAAGAGAGGGACGGCUACGCUGCUACUGCAUGACGGAUGACAAAGUAGACAAGACCUUAGAGCAGCAUGAAAACUUUACUGAAGUAGCCCGGAGCAGAGACAUUGAGGUUUUGGAAGGAAUGCCUCUCUUUGCAGAGCUCUCUGGGAACCUGGUACCUGUCAAAAAGGCUGCUCAGCAGAGAAGUUUUCACUUCCAGUCCUUUCGUGAAAACCGUCUUGCCAUACCUGUGAAGGUGAGGGACAGCAGUCGAGAAGCAGGAGGAUCUCUGUCAUUUCUGCGAAAGGCUAUGAAAUAUGAGGAUUCUCAACAUAUCCUCUGCCACUUGAACAUCACAAUGCCCCCAUGCACCAAGGGAAGUGGAGCUGAUGAUAGGAGAAGGACUUUAACUCCUCUGGCCUUGAGGGAAAGAUACAGCCUCCUCGGUGAAACAACCCUUGGUUCUCUUAGCGGGACAGACAGGGCAGAUAUGAAAAUGGCUAUUAUAUCAGAGCACCUCAGCCUCAGCUGGGCAGAAUUGGCUCGCGAGUUGCAGUUUGGCGUGGAGGAUAUCAACAGGAUACGUGUGGAGAACCCCAACUCCUUGUUGGAGCAGAGCUCAGCCCUGUUGAACCUCUGGGUCAUCCGUGAAGGCAAAAAUGCCAAGAUGGAAAAUCUUUACACGGCCCUGAGGAACAUUGACCGGAGUGAGAUCGUGAACAUGUUAGAAGGUUCUGGCCGGCAGAGUAGAAGCCUGAAACCGGACAGGCGGUAUCCAGACCGAGACUACUCUUUAUCACCAUCCCAGAUGAAUGGUUAUACCUCGCUGCAGGAUGAGCUGCUCUCCCCGGCUUCCCUGCACUACACGCUGCCCUCUCCCUUGUGUGUAGAUCAAUAUUGGAACGAGGUGGGCAUCAUUGACGCCAUCCCCAUGGCCCCCACGGAGCACGAUGCCCUGAUGGAAAUGUCGGACAUGCAGGUGUGGUCCUCAGGCCUCACCCCUUCCCUGGUCACCGCCGAAGACUCCUCUUUGGAGUGUAGCAAGGCAGAGGACUCUGACGCCACCGGAGACUGGCGGCUGCCGGGGCCGCUCCUGGAAGACCCCCAGGGCCCUGACCAGCUGGGCUCUCUGGAGCUCGUAGAGGACGACACAGUGGAUUCAGACGCCACAAAUGGCCUUAUCGAUUUGCUCGACCAGGAGGAAGGUCAGAGGUCAGAAGAGAAGCUGCCAGGUGGUGAGAGGCAGGAUGAGUCAGCCGGCAAGGGAUGGGAUUCAGAGCAUGAAGUGUCUCUUCUUUCAGGCCAGCAGAGAGUACAAGCUCGAAUCACAGAAUCCCCUACCGUGAGCCGGGUCAUGGAGAAGAGCCACGACAGAACAAAGGACUGGGACACAGAUGGCUCUUUCAUCUCCUACCUGAAAGAUGCUGCACAGAGCUCUUGGCAAGAGGAGGUCACAGGGAGCCCACACUCAAUCCAGAGAACAGUGACCACCAUCCCCUCUGUAAAAGGCCUGGAGCCCAGUGGGUCUCAGGACUAUGAGAAAAUCCUGACGUCCACAGUAGAGCACAUGGGAGUCGACUCAUUGGAACUGUCAGAGUCUGAGAGUCCCCUGACUGAGAAAGAGCAGAGACACUCGCCUGUCGUGAGUCAGAGCUACGGAAAACAGAUGGAAGAAGCUGAGAGGGCCUUCACCAGGAUAGUCGAGGGGCAUGAGUUUCAGGACAUCCCAGGGGAACAUGUGACUGAAGAGCAGUUCACUGACGAGCAAGGCAACAUUGUCACAAAGAAGAUCAUCCGCAAAGUGGUUCAGCAGGUCAGCAUAUCUGGGGACACCGAGGAGCCGGAGGAGGUGAAUACUGAGGGGUUUCUCCAGGAGCCCAGUGAGCUGGAAGCAGAUAUUGAUGACUUUAUAAAGCAUGUCAAGGCGGAGGUGAGAGGGAGUAGUACCCUGCGUUCGGAGCUGAUUGAAGGGAGGAAGGGGGCUCAGAUAGUGAAACGAGCAAGCCUGAAGAGGGGGAAGCAGUGA